CCGAGCCUUCUCCUUCUCAUCUCGACGGCGUUGGGUGAAUUCCUCGGUCGGGACAGUCGACACCGAAAAGGCGUGCUGGCAUCAUCGCCUCUCUCACGAUAGAAAAAGAGAGUGAGAGAGGGACGGAGAGGCGGAGAACGUGGAGUGAAGAGAAGAAGAAGAAGAAGAAGAGAAAAAAAAGGAACAGUGAAGCAUAUAAAUUUUUCGAGGAAAAAGUAGCUGUGUCGAACUUCCUUCUGACGGUCAGAAUGCAGUUACCGGCAAUUCUUGCCGGUGUUCUGCUCGUCGUUCGACUGUCCGGCGGUGAGAUCCUGACGCCGCCAUACUUCAAUCUGGCCGAGGGCAAGGAGAUCGUCGCCUCGGCUACGUGCGGCGUCGACACCCCUGGACCAGAACUCUACUGCAAGCUUGUCGGCGCGAACGCCGAUCAGGACGAGAAUAUCAAUCUGAUUCAGGGUCAGGUGUGCGAUUAUUGCGAUCCCGAUAAUCCCGAAAAGAAGCAUCCGCCCGAAUAUGCGGUGGACGGCAUGGAAACCUGGUGGCAGUCGCCACCUUUGUCCAGAGGAAUGAAAUAUAACGAAGUGAAUUUGACGAUCAACCUGGGACAAGAGUUUCACGUCGCUUACGUUUACAUACGGAUGGGCAAUGCGCCCCGUCCGGGGCUCUGGGUUCUGGAGAAGUCCAAGGAUUACGGCAACACUUGGUCACCCUGGCAAUAUUUCUCAGAUUCCGCCAGCGAUUGUCUGACGUACUUCGGUGUGGACAGCCACACGCCGAUCACACGUGACGACAGCGUGAUCUGCACCACGGAGUACUCGCAAGUGGUUCCGCUCGAAGGCGGUGAGAUUCCGAUCUCGAUUUUGAACAAUCGGCCGUCGGCGAAGCACUACUUCAACUCGACCCUCCUGCAGGAAUGGACGCGGGCGACCAACGUCCGCUUUCGCUUUCUCAGAACGAAGAAUCUGUUGGGCCAUUUGAUGUCCGUCGCCCGUCAGGAUCCAACUGUUACCAGAAGAUAUUUCUAUUCGAUCAAGGACAUCAGUAUCGGCGGUCGCUGCAUGUGCAACGGACACGCGGACACUUGCGACAUUCAGGAUCCCAACAUGCCGAAGAAGCUGGUCUGUCGCUGCCAGCACAACACAUGCGGGCCUCAGUGCGCGACGUGUUGCAAGGGCUUCGAGCAGAAGAAAUGGCGACAGUCCACGGCGUUCCAGAAAUUCACGUGCGAACCCUGUAACUGUUUUGGACAUUCGGACGAGUGCGUCUACGAUCCGGAAAUCGACGAGAAACACUUGUCGCUGGACAUUCACGGUAAUUACGACGGCGGUGGGAUCUGUAAGAAUUGCAGACAUAACACCGAGGGUAUCAACUGCAACCGCUGCAUGCCCAGGUUCUACAGGCCUCACGACAAACCGCUCAACGCAACUGACGUGUGUCAACCUUGCAACUGCGACUUCUUUUAUUCGACCGGGAAUUGCGCCGAUUCCACCGGGAAGUGCGAGUGCCGGAAAGAAUUCACGCCGCCAAACUGCGACUCCUGCAACUACGGAUACUUCGGCUAUCCCGAUUGCCGACCGUGCGAGUGCAAUUUGCAAGGCACUGAUGGUUAUCACUGCGAAGCGACGGACGGCUACUGCCCUUGCAAGCUAAAUUACGCCGGUCAUUACUGCAACCUCUGCGCGGAGGGAUAUUACAACUUCCCCGACUGCUUACCUUGCAAUUGCAAUCCUCUGGGUGCUUUGAGCGACGUCUGCGACGUUGUGUCGGGCAACUGCACGUGCAAGAACAACUACGGAGACAGAACAUGCGACAUUUGCGAGGAUGGUUACUUCAAUUAUCCACUUUGCACAUUUUGUAAUUGCGAUGCGCGUGGAACAGAACCCGGUAUUUGUGACAAGAGAGAUGGCGUUUGUCUGUGCAAGGAGGGAUACGGCGGCAGCAGAUGCGACCAAUGCAUUCCUGGCUACUACGGUUAUCCCAAUUGCAGACCGUGCAACUGCAGCACCGUUGGCUCGUCAUCUGUCAGCUGUGACGCCACGGGCAAGUGCUCGUGUCUCGCCAGCUUCGCCGGGAGAACGUGCAAUCAGUGCAGUCCAGGAUACUACAAAUAUCCGGAAUGCAUCGCUUGCAAUUGCGAUAGUCACGGCUCGAUUGGUGUGUCCUGUGACGGCGAGGGCAAAUGCCAGUGCCGCGAGAAUUUCGACGGUAUCAGAUGCGAACAGUGUAAAGAAGGCUAUUACAAUUUCCCCACUUGCGAAGGUUGCAAUUGCGAUCCGGCUGGUAUAGUCGCGACCUUUCAAGGUUGCGGCUCUCUGCCACCCGGCGAGCUUUGCCAGUGCAAGGAUCGGGUUGAGGGCAGGAUAUGCAAUCAGUGCAAACCGCUCUAUUGGAAUCUGCAACCUUACAAUCCAGACGGUUGCGAAGAGUGCCAGUGCAAUAUUCCCGGAGUUAUCGGCGGCAUCGGUGAGUGCGAUACGAAGAGUGGACAAUGCAUAUGCAAACCUGGUGUGACCGACAGAGGAUGCACACGGUGCAUCGAUGGAACAUAUAAUCUUCAGGAAAACAAUCUCUUCGGCUGUUCCGAUUGCGCUUGCGACGUCGGAGGUUCUGUGAAUUCAAUAUGCGACAAGCAGACCGGUCAGUGUCCUUGCCAACCGCGAGUAACCGGACUGACGUGCAAAGAACCCCUGAAAGCGCAUUACUUCCCUACUCUUCAUCAAUAUCAGUACGAAGCUGAGGACGGCAGAACUCCCAGCGGUAGCGCCGUACGUUAUGAUUUCGCGGAAGACCUGUUUCCGGACUUCAGUUGGAAAGGUUACGCCGUGUUCGACUCGACUUUGCAAAACAAAAUCGUACUGGGUGUGGACAUCAGCAAGUCCUCGCUUUACCGUAUGGUCUUGCGCUACGUGAAUCCCAAUAACGAGCCGAUUCUCGGCACCAUCACUAUCAUUCCCGACAAUCCGUCUGAAGUGGAGCAAGUGUUUAAAGUGAACUUCAAACCUUCGACUAAACGACCGUCGUUUGUAACCGUUGCCGGAGCGCAUGGAAACCAUCCGUCACCCAUGGUCAUGAAUCCUGGACACUGGUCCAUCAACAUUGCCACAGAGAAGAGUUUAUUCCUCGAUUAUUUUGUUCUACUGCCGUCGGAAUAUUAUGAAGGUGGCAUACUUACGCAAGAUGUGAACGUGCCCUGCGAAAUCGGUUAUAAGGGACUUUGCAGACACUACGGAUAUCCGAAUCUGAUGCGGUUUGACUCAGUCCACGGCGACGGUGGCUUCCUUAACGAGAACAAUGCUCGAAUUCCGUUAAGCGAGUACUUCACUGAUCGCGAGACCUUGCAAGAAAUCGGCGAGGACGAGGUACCGCUUAUCAACGAUCAACAAGAGGAAAUCCACUUCGAUCUGAGGAUUAGCAAGCCCGGUCCCCAUGUUCUUGUGGUGACUUAUAUUACUCCGAAAUAUGAGGAAACUACGUCGGUGUUACUGAUUGAGGCCAAUACUAUUGGCAAAGGCAAAGUUACCUUGAAUCCUUGUAGGUAUACCAGCCUAUGCCGACAAGUUGUCACCGAUACUUAUGGCAAAGUGGCCGUUAUGAACUUCUUAUCGAAUUACAUCAGCCUUGUACUGACCGGCGAGCCAAUCGCGAAUGUUGCGAUUGAUUCGAUAGUGGCGAUUCCCUAUCAUGAGUGGUCGCUCGAUUAUGUGAAGCCUAAAUCCGUUUGUGUGAGGAAAGACGGCAAAUGUGUGCAGGGACACUUCCCCGAUGCCGCUGAUGCCAAGAAGAUUGAGUUUGAAACAUCCAGUGGUGUUCCUGAAUCAGAAUAUCGUCCUUCUGGUAUUUAUGAUAACGCUACUAAGUUGAUUUACUUGAAGGACGGCGAUACAAUGGUGGAUAUUCAUGCGAAAGUGUCUCAGCCGGGAGACUACGUCUUUGUGAUACAGUAUUAUCAGCCAGAUUAUCCUGAAUUUGAACUUGACGUGUUAGUUCAAAACGGAAAAUUUUACGAAGCGAAGAUUCCGGUUCCUCAUUGUCCCAGUAAUAGCGGCUGCCGUAGCAUUGUACGUCAGAUCGAUGGCGGUAGUACCAUAUUUCAGCUGAUCGAGAACUUUAUGUUAACUCUGAAGGAACCCAGCGAUGGACGCGGUAUCUGGUUGGAUUAUGUUUUAGUGAUUCCUGCUGAUCUGUACAACGAAAAGAUUCUCAGCAAGGUGCAGUUUGAUCAGACCAAGGAGUUCAUCAAGCGUUGCGGCAAUAAUCAUUUCCGUAUUAACAUCACAGAAGACGGUUUUUGUCGCGAUUCCAGUUUUUCUCUGACAACCAAUUACAAUAACGGAGCGUUGCCCUGUAAUUGCGACGUCGAGGGCUCUACCAGUUUCGAGUGCGACAAGUUCGGUGGCCAGUGUCCCUGUCGGCCAAAUAUUAUCGGUAGACGAUGCGAAAUCUGCAAGACUGGCUUCUACGGGUUCCCUAGAUGCAGACCGUGUAACUGUCCCGCUCUUUGUGAACCGGAUACCGGCAGAUGUAUUUGUCCGCCUCGCGUAACGGGUGAACGGUGUGAUCAGUGCGAGGUCGGCACCUAUGGUUUCCAUCAGAUUAUCGGCUGCGAGGAGUGCAACUGCUCGCCCUUAGGUGUUAUAGACGGUGAUUUGCAGUGUCACUUGCAAGACGGCAGCUGCCGUUGCAAGGAAAACGUGGUGGGCCGUCAGUGCGAUCGCUGCCGUGCCGGUUAUUCGCAAUUUCCGCAUUGCGAGCGCUGCGAUUGCGAUUUGCGCGGUACUACCAAUGAAAUUUGCGAUCAGUACACGGCCGAAUGCUUCUGCAAAGCAAACGUGCAGGGCCAGGCGUGCGACGUAUGCCGCGAGGGCACCUUCGACAUUCAGGCCGCGAACGAGGACGGCUGUACCAAGUGUUUCUGCUUCGGCAAAACUACCAGAUGCGCCUCUGCGAAUCUCUACUGGACUUACCUCAUAGACAUGGUCAACUGGGAAAUGGUCGUGCCCAUUGACAAGAACGGCAAUUUUACCACUAUGUCAAUCUAUCCGGAAGGAAAUGAUACUGCAACAGAAAUAAAUCUUACCACCGACGACGAAAACGUCAAUUCGUUGGUUUAUUUCUCGGCGCCUGACACGUAUCUCAACAAGAAGUUAACUUCCUACGGCGGAUAUUUCAACUUCACUAUCCAUUACAUCACGGGACCCUUCGGUAAGGCUAUCAGCGCCGCUGACGUUGUUCUUCAGGGGGCCGAUACCACAUUAUUUUACUAUUCCGAUGAGCAACCGCCAUCCUUCGUAAACUACAAGUUAUCCGUUCGUCUCGUCGAGACCAAUUUUCUGACUAGCAAUCGACUUAGUGCAACGAGAGAACAAAUUAUGGUUGUUCUUGAAGAUCUACGUGGAAUAUACGUUCGUGCUACGUACUGGGAUCCUACAUUCAGGGCUUCAUUGUCAUAUGUAACUUUGGACGUCACAACGGAACAAUACUCGGCUCAGUACAGCGUCCCGGCUAGCAGCGUGGAGCAGUGUCAGUGUCCGCCCAAUUAUCAAGGUCUUUCGUGCGAGGAGUGCGCUCCGGGAUACUACAGAGUUCAGUCAGGACCUUACGGAGGAUAUUGCGCGCCCUGUCAGUGCAACGGUCACGCGACCACAUGUGACGUGAAUACCGGGAUCUGUGAGGAUUGCAAGAACGGCACUACCGGCGACCACUGCGAGUUCUGCGAGCAAGGCUACUACGGCAACGCCACUGUAGGCACACCGACGGACUGUCUGAUCUGUGCGUGUCCGUUACCAAUUGCCUCAAACAACUUCGCCACCGGUUGCGAGGUGAACGAGGAAGGUAACAAGAUCAGCUGUGACUGCCUGCCUGGAUAUUACGGUGCUCGUUGCGAAGCUUGUGCCGCUGGCUAUUACGGUACUCCCGAGACGUAUGGCGAAUAUUGCAAACCGUGCGAAUGUUCCGGCAAUAUCGACACCAAUCAGAUCGGCUCGUGUGACAGUAUAACCGGUGAGUGUCUACAAUGUUUGAACAACACCUACGGCGAAGCGUGCAACUUGUGCGCACCCGGCUACUUCGGCGAUGCCGUGGAACGGAAGGAUUGCCGUAGUUGUACGUGUGACGACUGCGGAAUGGAACGCUGCGACAGCUACAGCGGUCAGUGCUUCUGUCAGGAGAAUGUAAUCGGUGAGCAUUGCGAUAGUUGUGAACCCUAUCAUUACGGUUUCAACAGCUGCGAGGGUUGCAAACCCUGUGAUUGCGGAUUGGCCUCUGAAAGCAGUCAGUGCGACGACGAGACUGGACAAUGUAAAUGCAUGCCGGGUGUCACCGGUCGCAGAUGCGAUCAAUGCAUUCCGGGUUAUUGGGACUACGGGCCGGACGGAUGUACAUCGUGCGAAUGUCACACCGGUUACUCCGUCGGUGUAUCGUGCAACACAACCACCGGCCAGUGCACUUGUCUGCCAGGUGUGAUUGGCGAAAAGUGCGAUCACUGUCCGUAUCGACAUGUGCUAAUUCCAGCACAAGGUUGUUUUGCCUGUGAUUCUUGCACGGGAAAUCUUCUGGAUGUCACGGACGAUCUAGCACGUUCAUUAGAACCUGUUUUAAGCGAGUACAGUACGGUUGCGGAAAGUUACUUUACAAAUCAACGACUCAAGUUUAUCAACGACAUGGUCAAUGAGCUUCAUCCGAAAGUUCAAUUGUUGGAUCCAAACCGAGUAAAUCUGUUGCCGUUGCAAGAAAAAUUGGAACGAUUAAAUUACGAAGUAGACAGUCAGAAGCGGCAGAUUGAUUUCACGUCCGAGGACAGCGUUAAAACGAGAGAUAAUGCCGAAAACACGCUGCAAAAUAUGAUCAAUCUGGAAGAGGAUGUGAUGAAUGAGAUCAAUCUGGUUAACUUGAUUGUCUCGGAGGUGCAGUCGCUAGCGCAGAAUAUCGAGUUGGGAACGGGCGCGAAGGUUGAAAAUGCUCUAAAAGAAGCAAAAGAUAUUCUGAAGAGAAUCAAGGACGUAUCCUUUGUCGACUUUCGAGACAAGGCUGUGGAUCAAGCGGAUCAGGCUAACAUUCUAGUCUCUGAAAUGCAGGAGUACAAUUUUCCGGUCAGCAACUUGAGCUUAGCCACCGCUCAGCUCAGCGAUAAGAUCAAAAACGCCAGCGCUAAGAUGGACGAUAUGUUGGACUUGGCGCAAGAAGCUCAAGAAGUGGCUGGCACGGUAGACAGACUGAAUCGAGAGAAUAGAAUCGCGGCUCAAACCGGUAACUUAGACAUAGUGAAAAACUCUACGGCCGAGGCGAAAGAAGACUUAAAUGUCGGAGAAGAGCUCAAUAAAAACGCCAGCCAAUUUCUUGAGGACGCGAAGGCCAACAUCGCUACUUUGCAAGACAACAUUAGCAACGGCACAUUUGCUCAACAAACGCUAAACAAUACCAUUGUCCAGAACGAUCAGAUGUUAAUCGAUCUCGACGAUCCGGUGCGAAAAGCCCAUAAUCACGCGGCAUAUUUAUAUAAUCGUUCGCUCGAGUUGGACAGUCUUCUAACUGAUACUCGUAACACCAACGCCGUAAGAGCUGUUUCGGCAUAUAGAGAUAUCGAAGCCGCCAUUCAAGCCGCGAUGAACGCUACCGAACAUGCCAUAAUAGCUGCGGACAAUGCAACGGCGCUCUCUGAUGGAAUUGAACAGAAAUUGUCGGAUUUCCAAGAGGAGUGCGUUAAAUUGUUGCGCGUCGCGCAACUCACUUUGGGAAAGACGACAGGACAGCCUGAGAACGAUUUGCGUGACGCAAGAAUUAACGCGACUCUGAUUGACAACCAAAAUAAACGCAACAAAGAAACUCUCGAUACUAUCGACAAGAUUCUUGCUAAUAUUCCCUCACAAUCGUCUUCAUCAGUUGCGCAUGACGCCAUGAAUCAGACGGUAAAUGUCGAGCGUAACAUCAAAACCGCUAUCGACGACUUGAAUGGUAUUGUGGAUCAGAUUCCGGCUGAUCUGCAGGAGGCGAAACAACUUUCGAAAUACAUGUCGGAGUCGAUUCGCAACAUUUCGCAGGCAAACAAGCAACUCGACAUUGUGGAUAAAAUCUUGCCGAACAUCACCAAUCUGUUGAACAAUCUGAACAACAAUCAGAAAUCGAUCGACGCGACCGGGAACGACUUGCAGAGCAGACUCGAGGCUUUGAGAAACAAAAUCGCGAACGCUCGUGAACUGGCGAACCGAUUCAAGACCGGUUUGACUUUUUACAGAAACACCACUCUGGAAUUGAAGAAUCCAGAAAGUUUACCACUUCUGGCCACGUCCACUAAGAUUUCCCUGUAUUUCAGAACCAACAAGACAAAUGGCUUUUUGUUGUAUCUUGGCAAUGAGGAAAAGAUGAAACUACCGCGCUCCAAGACUCAUGACUUUAUGGCGUUACUGAUAGAGAGCGGAUAUCCCGUGCUUAUAGUCGACCUGGGAUCCGGACCUGAAAAGAUUAUUCAUGACAAAUUUGUAUCCGAUAAUGUGUGGCGGCAGAUCAUCAUUGACAGAACCGGCAAGAACGUCAAAUUGAUUGUUCGCGAAGACAUCGGUGAUGGUCAGGACAGUUUAUACGAAAAGGAGCGAGUCUUGUCGGGCACCUAUUAUAUAUUUAAUGUAGAUCCGGACUAUACGAAACUAUUUGUCGGUGGCUAUCCGUCGUCCUUCCACAUCCAAGAUGCCGUGACCGCGUCUUCGUUCGAAGGCGAGAUGGAAGAGCUCGUGAUAGGCGAUAUACCGGUGUCUUUCUGGAAUUUCGUCGACGGCGAAAACAAUUGGAAGAGCGCGCUCGAGCGCGACAAACUUAUCAACUUCGCGCCGAGUACCGGAUAUCGCUUCGAUCGAAAUGGCUACGCAAUUCUCAACAAGAAGAACUCGCAGAUCUUGACGGACACGAAGAAGUUCAGCAUCAAACUAUCGUUCAGAACUUUCGCGGAUGACGGAUUGAUCUACUUAAUGGGCAAAAACAAACAGUUCUUGUCGUUGGAGUUGAGUAACGGUCAGUUGUUGUAUCAGUUCGAUCUUGGCGAAGGUACGAUCGCCUUGAGAUCUUCGGACAAAUACAACGAUGGUACGUGGCACGUCGUAGAAGCUCUUAGACAGGAAAGAAAGGGCUUGCUCAAGGUUGAUGGCCAUAUCGUCGCGUCGCAAGAGGGAGAAGGGACUUCCAAAACCUUGGCUUCGUCGGAUUAUAUCUACUUCGGCGGUUAUCCACCCAACGUGAAGCAUCCUUACCAGUCGGUCAGCAAUAGCGGCUUUGAUGGUUGCAUUGACAACGUCAUCAUUCGUGAUACUUCGAUAGAUCUGACUCACAACGUCCAGGCGUUUGGAGUCAUGCCUGGUUGUCCAGUUAGGUUCGCCAGCCUUGUUUCCUUCGAGAAGAAUAUGCCUGGCUAUGUGAGAUGGCGCAAUUGGGAAGAGAAUUUGCCGUACUUGGUAAACGAAUUGCAGGUGAAUCUGAAGUUCAAAACCUCAGCGAGCGACGGCCUAAUCUUUUACGCGACGAACGAUGACCAGCCUAGUCCGUCUACCUCCUACCUGUCGUUAGUGGACGGCCAGCUCGUGUUCAAUAGUCAGGGCAAGGAACUCACCACUAGUUCAUCGGAUGUAAAGUUCAACGACGACGAAUGGCAUGUGGUGACCGCUACUCACAAUCAAUCGGUUCUCAGUCUCGAUAUCGAUGACGCGAAGAGUUACAGCAUCGACUCGGCAUUGCCGUUGAACUUCCUUCAAGGCAAUCUAUACAUCGGUGGAUUGCCGUCCAGUUUAGAUCUCGACAAUAGAUUCGUGCCUUUCGUCGGGUGUAUCGGCGACGCGACUUUCAACGGAAGAAUCAUCAACUUCGCCAGCACGUCUCACGACGAUCGACCGCACGCGUUCUUAGAAAAGUGCAAGAGAGGCGAUCACAUACAACCCUCGCAACCAGAAGUUUUGAUACCAUUGAUACCAUCAGAUAUUCCAGAUGAUAGUUCAGUAGAAAUGACGACUCAAAUCAGCGUCGUAAAUGUGACCUCAGAUGAGGAAGAAAUCGACGAUAGUGGACCAGGUCUGGAAGGACGAAUUCACAUUAGCAAAGAGCACGAUAUCACAACCACUACCACUGCGCAAAGUCCAACUCAGCAGCCUCAAACUGUCGACGAUUGUCACUUGCCCUAUUACCCGGCUACGGAUCCUGAUCUCGAGAACGCUUAUCGAUUUGGUAUCGCGAGGAACAGUAGAUUAGAAUACAGAACAGUCAAAGGAAGAUAUAAGGAUGAUUACGAUUUCCAAAUUGAUAUACAAACAGCAGAGGACGAGGGAAUUAUAUUUUACACUUCCGAUCUCAAUAAGCGGGACUUGAUCGCCGUGUACGUCCUCAACGGAACGAUUCAUUACAAAUUCGACUGCGGAAGCGGACCGGCGUUGCUGAUAAGCGACAAGAAGAUCAACGACAACCAAUGGCACAUGAUUACUUUUAAGAGACAAGGUAACUACGGAAAGCUGAUCGUGGACGACGAAAAUCCAGUGACGGAUUAUUCGCAAGGAGACGAAAUCACCAUCGACGUCAAUCCGCCAUUCUUCGUGGGCGGUGUUUUACCAGAAUUAUCUAAAGCUGUGGACACGGAAAUUGGUUUCAAUAAGACGUUUAGCGGUUGUUUAGGAAAUUUAAUGAUAAAUGGACAACUGGUCGGAGAACCGUCUGAGAAAAUAGGCGUGAUACCGUGCUCGAAGAAGGUCGAACCCGGUCUCUUCUUCUUCCCCAGUUCCGGAAACGUCAGUAACAUAUUCAAACCAGUUGAUCGAUUCAAUGUGGAUCGUCAGAUCGACAUCGAAAUGGAUAUAAAGCCGCGAUCGACAUCCGGACAUUUGUUUUCGGUGCACGGUAGAAGAGAUUAUAUCGUGCUUGAAAUGGUCAACAACACCAUCAGAUUCCUUGUGGCCACCCACAAAGGCUCGAUCGAAACCUCGUUUGAGCCGACCAAACCAAAUUCGUUGUGCGAUGGUCAUUGGCACAAUAUCCGAGCUUCCAAAUCGAAGAACGCGGUUUUGCUGUCGGUCGAUCACAAACCAGCGACGCCUGGAAUCGGCAACAAAAAUAUAGCCAGAGUGUUGUCGAGGCACCCAAUUUACAUCGGCGGCCAUCCACUGCUGAGUACGUUGCGGGGCAGCACCUCGAAAGCUCAAUUUGUCGGCUGUAUCAGCAAUAUAUACAUUAAUAUGAGGCCUGUUAGAAUCAGGCCCGAGCGAGCCUUCGGUCAAGUUCUCGCUGGUGUAUGUCCGACUAUUUAAAAUAUUGAAAUUAUCUUAACACGCACAACCACGAAUUUAAAUUUAAUAUUUAAUCACUUUUUUCUCCUUAAUUGUCGUAUUGUAACUUUCGAUGCUCAAAUUUGAAAGAUAAGAGAAAAACAGAUGAGAAAUAAAUCUGUACAAAAAAAAAAAAAAAAAAAAAAAAA